CCAUGCACCAAAAUGCAAGUUAAGGCCACAGUCUAUGGCCAGUAGAAGUGUUGUUUUGUCAGUGGUUUGUAGGCUACUCUUUAAACUAAUGCAGAGUUGAUGUUGAGGAAAUUUCCUAAACAACAUAUCAGGAGAUGGGUGAGCAGGACAGUGAUAGCUUAAGAAAAAAAUCCUUGGUGAAGUGGAGAAAUCUCAAGAUGGAGGAUUUAAGCAGGCAGCUGGAUGCAAAGCAAUUACAAAUAGAGAAUGAUAGACAUGACAACCUUACAUGUCAGAGACAGACAACGAGAAUGUGGAGAGAAGUUCUCCAGUGGAGACCGAAAACAGCUGAAGAGAGAAACAGAGAGGAAGGAGACAAGAAGAGACUAGAAGAGACCAAGGAGACACUGAGGGAGAGAGACGAGGAAAAUAAUGUUGAGAGAGACGAGAAACAGGACACGGGAGGAAUAAACAGACACCCAGAGACUGAAACAGAGCAAGGAGACGUCGGUUCAGACCUAGACAAACCACCUGGUUUGAGAAAUGGAGUUAGCAACAAUGGAGAGAAAGCUGAGAAAGAGGAGAGAGAGAGUGAGACAGGGGAAGCAGAGUUCCCCAGAACGCAGGGACGGAGGGAGAUGAUGGACCAGUCAGCAGCAGACACAGCAGCCGUCCUGGGCCCCAUCGCAGACGAGGCAGGGGGUCCCACAGGACAGGACAAGGAGGAGAAACAGUCGACGGAGGACGGGGCAUCUGGACAUGAGGCUGAGGCAGCAGGACAUGAGGCUGAGGCAGCAGGCCUCUCCAGCCCCAGAGAGGAGCCUCAUAUGGGUUCUCACUCCAUAUGGAUGAAGGCAACAUACAUCAGUGGAAAGACUCCAUUUCCAGAAUUCUCAGGAUAUGUGAUGUUGGAUGACAUUGUGUUUGCAUACUAUGAUUCGAAUGAACACAAAUUAUUACACAAAGACAUCAAUAAGGCCUCAAACAGCAGUUUUGAUGAAGAUGAUAUGAGUUAUUUUGAACACUUUAUUGGAUAUGUACAUGGAAGUCUGAAAGGUCGAGGAUCUUAUCUGAACAACUAUUUCAACCACACAAAUGAUACUUGCACUUUUCAGAGACUUUCUGGAUGUGAACUACUGGACAAUGAUAAACCAGGAUUGAUGACUAGCACGGAUGCUUACAAUGGGGAGGCUGUUGAAGGAGUGUAUUAUGAUGUAGACCAUGACGUUCUUCACACUAACUGCAAGUGGACAAAUGAAGAGAGUUCAAUAUGGACUCCAAAUAUGAACUUGCCUUCCCUGUUCAGAAUGAUAUACCACCCCAAUUGCAUCAAAUUUCUCAAAAAACAUCUAGCCAAAGAAAGAAACCGUGCGCUGAAAAAAGGACCCACCACAGUGAAGCCCAGAGCCAGGCUCCUCCAGAGAGAAAAUAUGGGCUCAACAGGUGUUCUGUUGACCUGUCUGGCCACUGGUUUCUACCCCCGUCACAUCAACCUGACCCUGCUAAGAGACGGCCAGCCUGUGUCUGACCACCAGAUCACUGGGGGGGAGCUGCUACCUAAUGGAGAUGAGACGUACCAGAUGAGGAAGAGCCUGGAGGUCAGUGCAGAGGAACUACAGCAUCACCACUACACCUGCACAGCUGAACACCUCAGCCUGGACAACAAACUGGACAUUGAUUUGGAGCGAGAUUGGGACUCGGUAACUACACCCAUCGGGUUCUCUGCACCGAUGGCUGUGUGUGUGUGCUGCCUGGUUGGAGCCAGUAUCGGGGUCUUCAUCAUGUGUAGGAGGAAAACAACGAAAGAUCAGGGCUCCCAGACUACUCUUUCCAGUAACUCCACAGCUGCCUCAAAUGAGGGAUCCCAGACUACACUGUUGAGUAACUCCACAGCUGCCCAAAAUGUUUCCAGUCUGGAUUGUUCUUCAGCUCAGAGAGCAGCGGUCAUCCUGAGUGUCCUGAGGCUCCAUGCUGUAGGAGGAGGAAGAGAAGAACACUUCAUCAGAUCAGCUGAAGGACACACAGAGACCAACGAGGGAAACUGUCAUCACCUCAUGUGUAAAUGCUGGACAUACAGUUAACAACAUAAAACAUAAAAAUGAACA